ACACAUCUCCAAAAAAGUUCGCCAGGAGGAGUGGAUUUCUCUGAAGUGCGUGUGAAUCGCCCACUCCGUUGACGAAAAUGCGGGGACGGUCACGGGGUCCAUAUAAGUAGACUCUAACGACGAGGAGCCCAGUCGCUUAAAUUAGAGGUACGCAGGACCAAGCCAAGUUCUCGACAUGGAGAUGCUCGCCAAACUCGUGUUCCCCAUCGUGAUCAUCUCCGUGCUGGUCGCUUGCAGUCCGACGGAGGCAUGGUACAAGCAGGUGGCCGGUCCAAGCUACUAUUCGGUGGGCAGGGCGUCCGGCUUGCUGUCCGGUAUCCGGAGGUCACCGUACGUCCGGAGAGCCGAGCCGCACCCGUCAGACAGCGGAGAGUCUGCGACCAACAGCGUGUUUUCUGAAUUAACUCGUCAAAACUUCAUCCUGAAGACGAUGCCUGUCUGUAUCAAAGAUAUUACACCAAACCUGCAGAGCUGUGAACUCCUCCAGGAACUCAAGAGUUCAUUUAAGUGCAAAGCGGAGGUCUUCCUCUCUCUGGACUCCUCAGAUUGUGCAGGAGACUGAGCAGUAAAGCCGGCAACUGGGCUGGAUGAUGAAGCCUGCUUCUUGAAGGCGUGACAUUUAAAAACUGUACAUUUCUCUAAUUUCAAAUUUAACACUGGUGUUGCACUAGAUGGAAGAUAUGCCACUUUUAAUUUACCAUUUCACAAAUUUAUUUAUAGAUAUGAUAAACCUGUCUUAAAAACUUAAGCUGUAAAAGUAAUGUAUUAAUGUACAUAUUUGAUCUGAGUUUUCAUUAAUAAAUGACUCAUAUUGCA